AUGUUAGAUGUAUGGGCAAUGGACACUGACAGUUGCAUAAUUGUUAAUUUGGACAAGUAUGGUCGACCCAUUGGUCCCGAAGGUACGACUCUUACUCGUUUCAUAGGGAAUUUGGUUCGAAGGAAACAAUAUGCUUCCAUUAAAUACAAGUCUUGGAAAGAUAUGUCUGACAAGGAAAAAGAUGUCACGUUGGAACAAAUGGAGACUAUAUUUGAGUUCAAUCCUCCUAUGAAUGACACUACAAGACAAAUGUUGAAAUUUGAGAUGAAUAUUAAGUGGAAACAAUGGAAGUGUGAUUUAAAAUCAAUGGCAUUUGACCCAAGUAAGACGGAAGAAGUUGUAUCCUUUGUACCAAAUCUUCGAGUUGACCUAGAUCAAUAUCGCAAAUUGGUUCAUCAUUGGUUUUCAGACAAAGCACAAAAAGUAAGUAAAAUUAAUAGUCAGAAUCGUGCUAAAUAUGAAGAUAUUCAUUGUAUAGAAAAAAAAAAGGCUAAAGGAGUGUCGCCCACACGCAAAGAGAUUUACAUUGAUACUCGUACUCGUAAAGUUGGUUUUGUUGUUAAUGAAAAUGCUGAAAGAUUUAUUGAAAAACUAAACAAACAUAAUAAUGAGGCUGAAACUUCUCAAUUGGUCCAAAAGACACAAAGUCAUAUGCCUUGGAAGGAUGGCAUUUACUCCCAAGUAAAAGGAUCUGAAAAGAGGGGACAUGCUACAGAUGCUUCUAGUGUUCCAAACCAAACAAAUUCUCAAAGUCCAUGCACUGAUGAAGAUGGAAGAAAGGAAGACUAG